AAUUCGACAGUCGCUGACGAUGGCGCUCACCCGUGCCAGUGUCAUUGCUUCCCGCCAGGUCAAGACAACCAAGUGCCCCUUCAUGGCGGCCAACCACGCGUCCAAGCAAGCGUUGAUCCCCAACAUCUCGCAACUCACGCGCAUGUGCCCUCACAUGUCGACCAUGAUGCAGUCUCAAGCCCGCAGCGCACACACCGCGGCUGUCGCGACCAAGGUCCUUGAACAUGAACCCAAGAUGACGCCGUCGUUGACGACGUACGCUUCCGCUCGUCGCAUUAAGAACGGCAAGUACGAACGCCUUGGUGGCCUGUCCCACGAUGAAUACGAGCGUGGGUUUCAAAAGACGAUCCAUCGCAUCAAGACGGAAGGCCGCUACCGUUCGUUUGCAAACUUGGAGCGGAAGCGCGGAGAGUUCCCCAAGACUUUGUUCCAUCACCCUGAAGGACAUACGAAGGAAGUUAUCGGAUGGUGCGGCAACGACUACCUGUGCAUGGGUCAGCACCCUAAGGUUGUGGGUGCGAUGCACGAGUUUCUGAUGAAGUCGGGAGCGGGUGCCGGUGGUACUCGCAACAUCCAUGGCACGAACCAUAACCACGUCAUGUUGGAGAAGGAAUUGGCGGAUUUGCAUCAAAAGGACGGCGCGCUAUUGUUCACGUCCUGCUAUGUGUGCAACGACACGACUAUUGCGACUUUGGGCAAGCUGUUCCCGGGCCUCAUCAUGUUUAGCGACGCUCUCAACCAUGCGUCAAUGAUCGAAGGCGUCAUCCACAGUCGCUGCGAAAAGCAUGUGUACAAGCACAAUGACUUGGAAGACCUAGAGGCCAAGCUCAAGGCCGCGGACCCAAACGCCCCCAAGCUCAUCUUGUUCGAAAGUGUCAAUUCCAUGGAAGGCACGGUUGCCCCGAUGCAUGCAAUCUGCGACUUAGCUGACAAGUAUGGCGCGAUGACGUUCUGCGACGAAGUCCAUGCUGUAGGGUUGUACGGCAACCGUGGCGCGGGGAUCGGAGAACGUGACCACGUGAUGGACCGCCUGACCAUGAUCACUGGGACCCUGGCCAAGGGGUACGGGAUCAUGGGGGGUUACAUUGCUGGUUCGGCUGCCCUUGUGGACGCUUUCCGUAGUACUUGUCCUGGCUUCAUCUUCACGACGUCGCUCCCGCCCAUGUUGGCGGCUGGUGCUCGUGCGGCGGUGAGCCACUUGAAAUCUUCGCAAGAAGAACGGAUGAUGAUGCACGCGAAUUCCGCCGAGUUGAAGCGUCGUUUGGUUGCGUUGGGAUUUCCGAUCUUGCCGAGCUCGUCGCACAUUGUGCCGGUCAUGGUGGGUGAUGCCAUCAAGGUGAAGCGCGCGUCAGAACUGUUGAUGGAGAAACACAACAUUUACAUCCAACCGAUCAACUUCCCGACUGUUCCUCGUGGCGAAGAGCGUCUCCGCAUCACGCCAAGCCCAGCGCACACGGAAGAAAUGAUGGAUGACUUGGUCGCCGCGCUUCUCAGCGUGUGGGAAGAACUCGAGUUGGAACGCUGCGGGUGCGACCCCUUGCCGGAAGUCCAGUUCUUGAACUCGGAUUUCCCCCGCAUGGAAGCGGCGUAAGGGUGCCUGUGGCGCGACAUGGGCAGCUCCAGGCCUAAGAUUCAAUGCAACAAGUUGAUUUCGGCCGAGAAGGCGAGUUUGCAAUUGGGGCAAGGCAAUGCUAGGAGUGUGGAUUCCACCAAUUAAAAUCGUGCAUUCGAAUUGUUCCACCAA